AUGAUUUCCUCAUCUUCUCUUAUGAUCAUCUCCAAAUGCAUUGUGUUCCUAGAACAUGAAUCCUCACUUGGAUUACUCAAGCUUUCCGUCUCUGAUCUCCAUAUGCUCUCCUGCCAUUAUUUACAGAAGGGCCUUUUUUACACUCAUCCUCCUCUUCCCAUCGAUUCUCUUCUCUCUUUUCUUAAACGCGGCCUUUCCAAGACUCUGAUAUAUUUUCCUGCCCUCGCUGGGCGUCUCAUAAUUGACGAUGAUGGUUACGUUUACAUUUCCUGCAAUGAUGCUGGCAUCGACUUUCUCCAUGCCAACGCUGCUCACCUCCCCAUUCGUGACAUUCUCUCUCCCAUCCACGUUCUGGACUCCAUUAAGGAGUUAUUCGCCUUUGACCGCACCAUCAGCUACGACAGCCAUUUCAAGCCCAUAGCCACCGUCCAUGUGACUGAUCUCGCCGACGGAAUCUUCAUUGGUUGCAUUGUCAACCACGUAGUGGCUGACAGUAUGUCCUUCUGGAACUUCUUCAACGCCUUUGCUGAGGUAUGCAGGGGUGUCAACAAACUCACGAGGCCACCAGAUUUUUGCCACAAUUUUGUCAACGGUUCUCUUGCGGUGCUUCGAUUCCCAGAGGGCGGUCCCCAGGUGACGUUCUCAGCCGAUGCCCCUCUAAGUGAGAGGAUCUUCCAUUUCAGUAGAGAAGCGAUACUAAAGCUGAAAUGCAGAGCUAAUAAAUGGGUCGACAGAAGAUUAACAAUCGAGGCUGAGAUUUUGGCACUGCAACCCUAUUACAUCCAUGAACCUGACUAA